CUGUAUUUGGAGCUCGAGCUGUCAGAGAGGAGGGCAUGAUCAUGCAUCAAUAAACAGUCAGUUUUGAUGACAUGACAGUUGGGUCAGAGAACCAGCGGGACGUUCAUCCAGAGGGAAGAAGCUUCCGGAUCUAUCCUCCAGAUCCCCCCUCCCUGCUGUGUGUCUGGGCCUGGUUUCCUGCUGAUGACAUGGUGCGUCAGUGACGCUUGCAGUGCUGGGAAAUAAUGGCAGACCACAGCAGCCCCAGCCAGAACAAUGCUCCUUUGUUCUUUUGUGGUGGUCAGGAUGAUGAAGGAGAUGAAGAAGGGGACAGUUUGAGGACAGACAUGCAAAUGGACUCUGAUAUGCCCCCAGAGCGGCAGAUCGUGGUGGGAAUCUGCUGCAUGAUGAAGAAAUCCAACUCCAAGCCCAUGACGCAGAUCCUGGAGAGGCUGUGCAGGUUCGAGUUCAUCACUGUCUCCAUCUUCCCUGAGGACGUCAUUCUGGACGAGGCUGUGGAAAAAUGGCCGCUCUGUGACUGUCUCAUAUGCUUCCACUCCAAAGGAUUCCCACUAGACAAGGCAGUGAGUUAUGCAAAACUCAGAAACCCCUUACUCCUCAACGACCUGAACAUGCAGUACUUCAUACAAGACAGGAGGGAGGUGUACCGCAUCCUACAGGAAGAGGGGAUUGAUCUGCCCCGCUAUGCGGUUUUAAACCGGGACCCAGACACCCCAGAAGAGUGUAACCUGGUUGAAGGGGAGGACCAGGUGGAGGUGAACGGGGACAUUUUCCAGAAGCCGUUUGUGGAGAAGCCAGUCUGUGCAGAGGACCACAACGUGUACAUCUAUUACCCCUCUUCAGCGGGAGGGGGCAGCCAGCGUCUCUUCCGAAAGAUCGGCAGUAGGAGCAGCGUAUAUUCGUCUGAAAGCAGUGUUAGAAAGACAGGCUCCUAUAUCUAUGAGGAGUUCAUGCCGACAGACGGCACAGAUGUGAAGGUGUACACCGUAGGACCAGACUACGCCCAUGCAGAGGCUCGUAAGUCCCCAGCUCUGGAUGGGAAGGUGGAGCGGGACAGCGAGGGGAAAGAGAUCCGCUACCCUGUGAUGCUCACUGCCAUGGAGAAACUGGUGGCUCGCAAAGUGUGCCUGGCCUUCAAGCAAACAGUGUGCGGCUUUGACCUUCUUCGAGCAAAUGGCCACUCCUUUGUCUGCGAUGUGAACGGAUUCAGCUUCGUGAAGAACUCCAUGAAGUACUACGACGACUGUGCCAAAAUCCUGGGAAACAUGGUGAUGCGGGAGCUGGCUCCUCAGUUCCAGAUCCCCUGGUCCAUCCCCAUCGAGGCAGAGGACAUCCCCAUUGUCCCUACCACCUCUGGGACCAUGAUGGAGCUUCGCUGUGUCAUUGCAAUCAUCCGACAUGGAGACCGUACACCCAAGCAGAAGAUGAAGAUGGAGGUCAGGAACUCUAUGUUCUUUGAUCUAUUUGGGAAAUACGGAGGCUACAAGACUGGGAAACUCAAGUUGAAGAAACCGAAACAGCUCCAGGAGGUUCUGGACAUCGCUCGGCAGCUGCUGGCAGACGUAGGGCAGCACAGUGACUGUGAAGUCGAAGAGAAGAAGUCCAAACUGGGACAACUGAAGACCGUUCUGGAGAUGGAGUCCAGCAUGAAUGACUAUCAGUAUGGCCACUUCUCUGGGAUAAACAGGAAGGUUCAGCUCACCUACCUGCCACAUGGGCGGCCCAAAACCUCGAGCGAGGAGGAAGACUCACAGAAGGUGGGCCCGUCGUUGCUGCUGGUGCUGAAGUGGGGAGGUGAGCUGACCCCCACAGGCAGAGUGCAAGCUGAGGAGUUGGGCAGGGCCUUCCGCUGCAUGUACCCUGGAGGACGAGCUGGUCGCAAGUCCUUGGGCUGUGAGUCCCCCAUAGACUGUGGCGACUAUGCUGGGUUCCCAGGCUGUGGCCUGCUCCGCCUCCACAGCACCUACCGCCACGACCUGAAGAUCUACGCCUCGGACGAGGGCCGGGUGCAGAUGACGGCCGCUGCUUUUGCCAAGGGGCUGCUGGCUCUAGAGGGCGAGCUCACACCCAUCUUGGUUCAGAUGGUUAAGAGUGCCAACAUGAACGGGCUGUUGGACAGUGACAGUGACUCUCUGACUGGCUGCCAGCAGCGCGUUAAAGCCCGGCUGCAUGACAUCAUGCAGAAGAAGCAGGACUUCACCGAGGACGACUACCGCAAGCUUGCUCCCACAGGCAGUGUUUCUCUGGUGAAUUCUAUGAGGACAGUGGAGAACCCAGUGAGGACGUGUGACCAGGUGUACAGCCUCAUCCAGAGCCUCACCUCUCAGAUCCGGAGGAGGCUGGAUGACCCCACAUCCACCGAUCUGCAGCUGUACCACAGCGAGACCCUGGAGCUCAUGCUGCAGCGCUGGUCCAAACUGGAGCGUGAUUUCCGCACCAAGAACGGCCGCUAUGACAUCAGCAAGAUCCCCGACAUCUACGACUGCAUCAAGUACGACGUGCAGCACAACGCGUCCCUGGGGCUGGAGCACACGCCAGAGCUCUUCCGACUGUCCCGAGCACUGGCCGACAUCAUCAUCCCGCAGGAGUACGGCAUAAACAGAGAGGAGAAGCUGGAGAUCUCCUAUGCAUACUGUCUCCCUCUGGUGAAGAAGAUUCAGCUGGACCUUCAGAGGACACAUGAGGAUGAAGCUGUCAACAAGCUCCACCCACUGUACUCCCGUGGAGUGAUGUCCCCCGGACGCCACGUCCGAACGAGGCUGUACUUCACCAGCGAGAGUCACGUCCACUCCCUGCUCAGCAUCUUCCGCUAUGGGGGGCUACUCGAUGAGGAGAAAGAUGAGCAGUGGAAGCGUGCCAUGGAUUACCUGAAUGCAGUCUCUGAGCUGAACUACAUGACUCAGAUUGUCAUCAUGCUGUACGAGGAUAACAACAAGGACCCCUCUUCAGAGGAACGUUUCCACGUGGAGCUGCAUUUCAGCCCGGGGGUGAGGGGGUGUGAGGACCAGGACAAGCCCCCCCUGGGGUUUGGGUUCCGCCCGGCCUCUGCUGAGGGUGAUCUCUUUUUGGGUCUGCAGAGAAAGCUGGAUAUGUACAGCCCUGAGGACCUAUCACCAGAAGAGCCUGACCAGGGCUCGCCUUGUUCUGAGCCUAUCAGCAUUCAGAAGAGAGCCCUCAUUCGCAGUCACAAAAUCAGCGACAUGGAGGCUCUCUAUGACGCUUCCCGUGGCGCGGGCCACCGGCUGUUCCCCUCCUGCUCACACCAGUCCCCGGAGGCUCGGCAGAACGCAGCAGAGUUGUUCUCUAUGCCGGCAGUUAAGAGAUUUUCUGUGUCAUAUGCAAAUCAUCCGACUAAUGGGUUUGAGGGCUGCUCUCUGGUGCCCUCUAUCUACCCCCUGGAGACACUGCACAACUCGCUCUCUCUCAAGCAGGUGGAUGAGUUCCUGAGUGCUGUGUGCGAGAAUGACGCAGACUCCAGAGCCAACAGGGCUCUGUCUGCCAUAUUCGACUCUCAGACUCAGCCUCCUGUGGAUGCCUACAUCCCCCAGCGUGUGCUGUCCCCCCCUCCAUCUUACCUCCCCGCCCAGAACUCUCACGCUGCUCCAUUAGCAGUUCCUCCUCCCCCAUGACCACAGACACACCUUGAUGCUCCAGCAUAGCGAGGAGAUGCUAUCAGGGUAUUGGGGGAAUGGCCUGCCAGCUCCGCCAAAUCUUCCAUCAGCCAGACCUUUACACCAGCGUGACCAGCUUUCAGCCAAUCACCAGCCUGCCAAAGCCAUGUGAUUAACCAAUGACCUGUAUGAGUUCAUGGGCUAUUGGAAGCCAAAUGGAGUGAUGUUUCUAAUAGCUCCACCCACCUGUAAGUACCACACCUCUUUUACAGCACCCCCUUUGGCUAAGCCACACCCUUCCACCCAAUUGCCUGCCAAGACGCGCCCCUCCAGAUCAGAAAAAGGGUGCAGGAGGAGGCUCCAACACUCAGAAGUCCCCAUGACCUAAAAAUACUCAGUGGGACUCCUAAUGAGAACAAGGGAGAGUGAGUCACUUCCUGAACACUGGAGUAGCUGAAGCUCUCUUCUGUCCUUUUCAAAGUAAAGCUGGAGAUCUGCCUGCUUCUGCACUGGUGACUGAAGUUAAAGUCUCUCAGGAAAACUGCUGUUACAGUAUGCUGUUCUGUGCUGCUGUCUCAUCGAUGUACUGCCUUCCCACUCUAUUCACAACUUCUGAGCAUAAGCUUGUGUGUGUAUGUGUGUGUGUGUGUGUGAGUGUGAGUGGAUGUCCACUUGGUCACCUGAGAGAACUGUUUCAAAGAGGAGACAGCUCGGGUUGGUCUGCUCUGUUGUUGUUUUUUUCAGCACUGGGUAUAAUGCUGUGUCAGGGUUGGUCAAUGUCAGCUUCCCCUUGGAAUGAUCUGAGCCAUCAGCAGUAGAAUCACAGUAGUACCGAAGCAAGGGACAGUUACUGUAUUUCAGGUAUAGUCACUGUAUCUACCAUACUUUCCUUCUCUGAAUGCCUGAAAUCACAGCAAACUACUUUCAUGCCAAAUCCCGUUAUGCCUGUGCCUCUAACGUAAAUACUUAAUGAUUUAUGACUUAAGAUGAAUCUCAUAAAAUCUGAGCUGUAUUUAACAGCUUAAACAUUUAUAAAUAAUUUAGUUAUGGCUGUGUUUAGAACAUCACAUCAAAUGUAUCGUCUUUGAAGCUUAUAAGAUCAGGGGUUUAUACAACCAAUCUCUCGAUCAAUUAAGUUAGCUGAAACUGUGUUUUCAACUCUUGCACAAAUUAUUAAUGCGGUGCAGUUUGGCUUGUUUCCAUAAAAUUCUUUGAACUAGCCAGUUAGUCUAUAAUUUUAUCAAAAUGUAAAAAAUGCAACCUUUCUAAAGUAAUACUUUGCCAUAUAGCAAAUUGCAUGAAAUGAAGCAUCAGUUGAUCUGACUGUUAAAAGUCCUGGGGAUAUGGACCAUUCAGAGAUGGGGUAACUCAUACCUCAAUCGACAUUAAAAAAGGAACAAUUAGUUGAGACAAAUGUGCGACUUGUUAAAAUUCAAGGAUUGCAAUGGUGGUUGGAACAGAGCCCACUAUACAGAAGGGCGAGGACCACGUCUGAGAAACUAUGGUUUAAUUGAGUUACAUUCUUUAAAAAGCAAAGUUUUUACUGUUUUGAGUAUAUAAUUUUGGUCAGUGUUGCUGGUCUAAUCUAUCCUGUAUGUUUAUGAUACAUUAUUGUUUUACAGAAUGACUUUGUAUAAUGUUUAUUUUAAAUGGUGUUGAUAAGAGAAAGCAUAUUUAAUAUGAAAAAUGUGAAUAGCGAAGCUGCUCAGAAGCACCCACUGAAAAUUGACAUUGUCAGUGUGUCAAUGUGACACUUAUACUAUGUGUGAAUUAGAAUGGUUGUUUUGCUUGAAUAAAAAUAAAAAUGACUAUGGAUGUUGAA